AGAACGGAUCGCAAUGAUUGAUCCACUUUCCAACGCAUGUUUGACAGAUUGGUACCUAGUGGUCCGUCGAUGCUGGGAGGAUCCGAGAGUCCGUCUGUGCAUACGAAGCCCUGGAAAUGCUAUCUCUCCUCCCAGCCGAGAUAGUCUAUGUCAUUGCCAGCUUCCUGCCCACCGCCAGUGCUUUGGUUAAUCUCUCCCGAACCUGUCGACGCCUGUAUGGCAUUUUCUCCACCGAGGACUGGCGGAUUUUCCGUGCUUUCAUUCAACAUCGCUUUCCCGGCAUCGAUACGCCUCCGCUGUGGAAGGAUGUUGCGCAGGCGUUGACCUCUCGCUCUCGUGCUGUGGAUAGAAACGCAGCCAUCGGCCGAUUUGUGGUGCCUUCCGCCGGUCUGGCGCGACUCGGGUCUCGGCAAUCCAUCAGACAGGACAACCCUACUCAUGGUUAUUGCCCUACUGUCGAUUGCUAUGAAGUCUGGAAUGGCGAUAGAUGGGAGAAUCGGCAGGAGACGGUGGCUUGGGGUGCGGCCCACGAGCUGAUCAUAGGUAUUAAACAGUUCGGGCCAGCCCAUGAUGAGAAAUGGUAUGUAUUCAAUGACUUGGAGAACACAAGCAGCCACGACGACAUCUGUGGAUUGCAUCUGUUGAAGCCUGGGCAUUACGCCAAAGAGGCCAAUAAAGAACAUUUGAUAUUUGGGCGUAUGCGUGGAGACCUCGUUCACAUCGCGAUCGCCCCUGACGACGGAACCCUCCAAGUCAAGCAGAGGUUUCGGACGAAUACUGCUGAGAUCCAACACAUCGACUUGAGCGAUGGUCCGGAAGCAGUCCUGGCGGCACACUUCGUUGGCGGUACCGUUGGGUUCUUUCCAACCACCUCUGGGGAGGAAGUGGUCGAGCCAUUCGCCACCAUCUGCAUUGAAGAAGAGAACGUUGCACGCAACAAAUGCUCCCGAUUCCUGUCGUCGGACCGCUUUGCCGUGGCCACUGGACGACUUGACGAUGCGCUCGUCAUCUCUACUAUCGCUUCUCAAUCUGUGGUACCUGGUCGUCGCAUCGGGGUGGAUGACUUGGAUCUUGAUGACCAGGCUGCCCUGGCCCCGAAAACCAGUGUUAGUGCAAUUGCACCGUUCCGAUUGCCGUUUGCCGGAGGUACCGCAGGCGAUACUUUCCUUUCAUCCUGGGGUGACAAUGUGGUCCGACUUCAUGACCUCCGCUCGGACAGGGCGUAUGAGGCAGCAUAUCGAGAUAUCACCGACUCAAACCCGGUUUAUUGCCUCCAUCCUUUCACCAACGACAAGUUCGCGGUCGGUGCUGGGGGUGAUGCCGUCCUCAAGAUCUUUGAUAUGCGCAUGCCUCGAACUUACGACUCCCUCGAGGCGAGAGGUUCCGCACUAAGUGCUCCUACCCAACAGCCUUCUCCUGCAUCAGGCCUCCCCUUCGCUAUAUCCCAGUCAAACAAAAACCUCACCAAAGACGCCAAAUCCCCUCAUCUAGACCUCACUAUGUUCCUCUCCUACCCGCCCCCACACCUACAAGGGUUCUCAAACCCGGGACGUGCCCGCGGGCGCGCAAAUCGCAACUACCGAGGACCAAUCUAUAACAUGUGCUCUCCCUCCCUCCUCUCACCGACCAUCUACGCCGGGAUCGAGGACGCAGUCGUGCGGUUAGACUUCGUUUCCACGGACGAUCUCACGGGCCCCUGCCAAUCCUGGUAUCAGGAUCUCAUCGAUCUCGAUCUGAACGCCGAAAGAGACUUCACUACCCCGGACAGCGUUCUAAAUCUCUCUGGCUACGAGCGCCCGGAUCCCAGAAACACCACCCAUCUCCCACCGCUGCGGACUCAGCAGCCCUUCAGAAACGUCGCUAUGGAUGACGUCGCCAACGAGUCGGCUACGGGAUGGGAUCGUAGAUGGAUGCGCGUAGAGACGGGCUCUUGGAGACGUCGGGAUUAAGGAUCAUUUCAGAGGCCUGGAAGGUUUAAUAGUGGUUUGUACAUAAUAUG